AUGGCUCAGGACAUGACAGAGAAGGAGCUGCUGAAGAUGGAGCUGGAUCAGCUGAAGAAGGAGGUGAAGAAUGAGAGGCAAAUGGUCUCCAAGACCGGCAAAGAGAUCAAGGAGUACAUCGAGUCCAUGGCGGGUGAGGACCCGCUGCUGAAAGGAAUCCCCGAGGACAAGAACCCCUUUAAGGAGAAGGGCGGCUGUACAAUAAGCUGA